UCUCACUCGGUGAAGCCUGAACCACACUCUGAAGGCGACUCCCUCUGCUAGACUGAAUCCGCCGUGACCGGGAGAGACCAGGGUCAAGAGCCUUUCAGGCACCUCUUAAAAGCCCGGAGGCCUAGCGAGCCGUUUCAGACGUUCUUCAGCAGACACGCAUUUUAAUCUUGCUGUUUCUUCGUUUGAAUUGUUUCUGUUUCUCUUGCGGGACCCUGCCUUGAUAUUUUAGGACAGGGCUGGGAAACUUUGGUCCUUUGGAUGUGGUCGGACUCCAAUUCCUGCGACGGGGAAUGCCCUCCGACGACACAGCCCAGGAUUACGAGGAAGCGAGAGGAGGAGGCUGCUUGGCCGCGGAAGGGUUAAGGACGCAGAACUGGGUUCCUAGAGAGGACGGGGAAUGGGAAGAGGAGUGUCUUUGUCCUCCAACCGCUGCAAGCCCGAAAACUGCCGCCGCCUUCUUCUUCUCCGCUGGGGGCGGGACCGGCCGGACUCCGAUUCUUCUUUCGCAGGGGCUGCAUUUUCCCAUCGGAGAGCGGGACUUGGUAGUACCCCCAAUUAGGACAGCCUUUGCCAGAAGAGGGAAAGAAAGAGCACAGAAAGCAAAGAUGGAACACUCACCUUGCCCAGAAGCAGAAAGAGGUCCAUAUAUCAUCCAUGCUGGGAGCCCUGGGGAAUUCUGGGAAAGAACAGUGCAGAAUGUCCUGGGCAAGGAGGACACCCUUAGCUCAGAUGUGAAGCGCCAGCAUUUCAGGCAGUUCUGCUACCAGGAGGCCAAAGGACCCCGAGAUGUUUGCAGCCAACUCCACAAUCUGUGCUGUCAGUGGCUGAAGCCAGAGCAACACACAAAGAACCAGAUCCUGGACCUGGUGAUCCUGGAGCAAUUCUUGGUUGUCCUUCCACCAGAGAUGGAGAACUGGGUGAGGGAAUGUGGAGUGGAGACCACUUCCCAGGCGGUGGCCCUGGCCGAAGGUUUCCUCCUGAGUCAGGCAGAGGACAAGAGGCAGGCAGAGCAGCAGAUCAUGGGUCUGUUUGCAGAAGAGGCCACUGAUUUCCUGGAAUCGAAGGCGCCGUCAGGGGCCAGAGAAUGUUCUCUGCGAAGGGGGCACGUUCAGGAGAGUGAAAGACGUGCCACCUCACUCGGUGACGGGACUCUGCUGUCAAGGCCCCCUCGGUCACCUCUUCUUUGUGGUGGAGAAGAAGCAGCUGCUGUGGAAGCGGAUCAGGGUCCCCUGUCUUUUGAGGAGGUGGCUGUGUAUUUCACUGAGGAGGAGUGGGCUCUACUGGAUCCCCACCAGAGGGCGCUGCACAGGGAGGUCAUGGAGGAGAAUGGUCGGAUUGUCACCUCUUUCGGUUGUGAAAGCAAAUCUGAGAAUCAGGAAGAACUACAUGGGGAGUUUCCAGCAAGAGACACAUGUAUAAAGGGGGAGCAGCAGAGAAUGAAAACUGAAACUAAAUCCACAUCUUCUCAAGGCACUGUCUACCAUCAAAUUGCAAUCCAAGGAAGAAUGGAAAAAAGAAAAGAUGAAAAUACAUGCUGUGUGUGUUUGUCAGCUUUCCAUCCUAAAUCAACACUUAAAACUCAAUGGAAAAAACAAACCGGGGAGAAACCAUAUGAAUGCUUGGAAUGUGUAAAGAGAUAUCAUCAGCAGAUAUAUCUCACUGUUCAUCAAAGAAUUCACACAGAGGAGAAACAAUAUAAAUGCUUGGAGUGUGGAAAGAGCUUCUCUCGGAAGAGAGAUCUCACUGCUCAUCAAGGAAUUCAUACAGGGGAGAAACCAUUUAUAUGCUUGGAGUGUGGAAAGAGCUUCUCUCGGAAGAGAGAUCUCACUGCUCAUCAAGGAAUUCAUACAGGGGAGAAACCAUUUAAAUGCAUGGAGUGUGGAAAGACUUUCUCUUGGAAGGCAGAUCUCACUGCUCAUCAAAGAAUUCACACAGGGGAGAAACCAUUUAAAUGCUUGCAGUGUGGAAAGAGCUUCUUUCGGAAGAGAGACCUCAUCUCUCAUCAAAGAAUCCACACAGGAGAGAAACCAUUUAAAUGCUUGGAGUGUGGAAAGAGCUUAUCUCAGAAGACGAAUCUCAUUGAUUAUCAAAGAAUUCACACGGGGGAGAAACCAUUUAAAUGCAUGGAGUGUGGAAAGAGCUUCUUUCAGAAGAGAGACCUCACUUCUCAUCAAAGAAUCCACACAGGGGAGAAACCAUUUAAAUGCUUGCAGUGUGGAAAGAGCUUCUUUCGGAAGAGAGACCUCACUUCUCAUCAAAGAAUCCACACAGGAGAGAAACCAUUUAAAUGCUUGGAGUGUGGAAAGAGCUUAUCUCAGAAGACGAAUCUCAUUGCUCAUCAAAGAAUUCACACGGGGGAGAAACCAUUUAAAUGCAUGGAGUGCGGAAAGAGCUUCUCUCAGAAGAGCAAUCUCACUGCUCAUCAAGGAAUUCACACAGGGGAGAAACCAUUUAAAUGCUUGCAGUGUGGAAAGAGCUUCUUUCGGAAGAGAGACCUCACUUCUCAUCAAAGAAUCCACACAGGAGAGAAACCAUUUAAAUGCUUGGAGUGUGGAAAGAGCUUAUCUCAGAAGACAAAUCUCAUUGAUUAUCAAAGAAUUCACACGGGGGAGAAACCAUUUAAAUGCAUGGAGUGUGGAAAGAGCUUCUUUCAGAAGAGUGACCUCACUUCUCAUCAAAGAAUCCACACAGGGGAGAAACCAUUUAAAUGCUUGCAGUGUGGAAAGAGCUUCUUUCGGAAGAGAGACCUCACUUCUCAUCAAAGAAUCCACACAGGAGAGAAACCAUUUAAAUGCUUGGAGUGUGGAAAGAGCUUCUCUCAGAAGAUGAAUCUCAUUGCUCAUCAAAGAAUUCACACAGGGGAGAAACCAUUUAAAUGCUUGGAGUGCGGAAAGAGCUUCUCUCAGAAGAGCAAUCUCACUGCUCAUCAAGGAAUUCACACAGGGGAGAAACCAUUUAAAUGCUUGGAGUGUGGAAAGAGCUUCUUUCGGAAGAGAGACCUCACUUCUCAUCAAAGAAUCCACACAGGAGAGAAACCAUUUAAAUGCUUGGAGUGUGGAAAGAGCUUAUCUCAGAAAACGAAUCUCAUUGCUCAUCAAAGAAUUCACACGGGGGAGAAACCCUUUAAAUGCAUGGAGUGCGGAAAGAGCUUCUUUCAGAAGAGCAAUCUCACUGCUCAUCAAGGAAUUCACACAGGGGAGAAACCAUUUAAAUGCUUGGAGUGUGGAAGGAGCUUCUUUCGGAAGAGAGACCUCACUUCUCAUCAAAGAAUCCACACAGGGGAGAAACCAUUUAAAUGCUUGGAGUGUGGAAAGAGCUUCUCUCAGAAGACGAAUCUCAAUACUCAUCAGAGAAUUCACACAGGGGAGAAACCAUUUAAAUGCAUGGAGUGCGGAAAGAGCUUCUUUCAGAAGAGCAAUCUCACUGCUCAUCAAGGAAUUCACACGGGAAAACUCGCAUAGAUGCUUGGAGUGUGGAAAGAGUUUCUGUUGGAAGGCAAGUCUCGCUUCUCAUCAAAGAAUUCAUGCAGUGGAGAAACCAUAUAAAUGCCUGGAGUGUGGAAAGAACUUCUUUCGGAAGAUGGAUCUCACUACUCAUCAAGAAAUUCACACGGGAGAAACUGCAUAAAUGCUUGGAGUGAGUGAGGAAAGAGCUUCUGUUGGAAGCUGAGUCUUGCUUCUCAUCAGAGAAAUCACAGAAGGGUGAAACCAUAUAAAUACUUGGAGGGUGAAAAGUGCUUCUGUAAUGAGAGCCAUCUGAUUGGACUUCUCAUUUGUGGCUCUCUGUCUGCGGAAUGCUCCCCCCAGUGAUGUCCACCUGGCACCUUCACUGACAUUUUUUUCUGAGCCAUGCAAAGAUUUACCUUUUCCCCCAAGCCUUUGAUGGACUGAGCUGAAAAAGUGUUAAUGUAUUUAUGUUUUUGUUUGUAAAUGUAAGCCAUUUGGUCUUUUUAGUCACUUGUUACUUAAGUUUCAUUCUCAUCAAAGAAUUCCCACAGGGUGAAAAACUAUAUGCAUGGUUGGAAGAAGGAAUAUGAAUCUGACAUAGUAUAAUUCCUCUUCCAGAUUGGAGCUAAGGUAUUGAGGGAUGUGACCUGAAGGAAUGGAGCAUGGCCUGGGUUAGGUUCCAAGGGCAGACUGUCAGGCCUGGGGGCCACAUUCAGAUCUGAAGCCUGAGGUGUCCCACCCGUGCUAUAAGAGAUAGAGAGGAAGAGAAACCACUUCCCACACACAGAAAAGCCCACACCCAGACGUAUACUCUUGACUUCUCCAUGGUGUUUGGCUAAAAGCUCAAAUGCAGUAGAAUUAAAAUUGUUCCUGUGAAAGUUGCAAGAUUUUGAUUCAGUAUCCCAUGAAAAGCACCAUCAAAGUAAUGAAUACAUUGAUGUCUUUGGAUCUAUGUUUUUGUCCCCUGAUGGUGCUCUCAAGUGCUGGAUUGGUGAUUAUUUUUGUGCAGUAAACAGACACUAAAAGUAGUUUUAAUUUGA